AUGACUUCAACCUCCUACUCGCAUCAUCCUCAUCGUCCUCAUCGACACUUGGAAGAUGUUCACGAAGACAGCUUUCGCGUGCAUUACAGAAUAAAUGCACUCUCAAAAUCAGAAGCGCUAUCCAUCGUCGACGAACUUCGGUACGAGCAAACCGUGGAGCUUCCCGAACAGCUCGUGCCGAGAGAAUCCUGGAUUGGACGCAACGUUGUUGGGCAAAUAAACGCGCUGGAAGAAGAAAGUGAAGGAGUAGAAGGAGGAGAAGGAAAAGGAGCAAAGAGCGACGGCGCCGUCGGAAAAGACGAAAAAACACGCUUCGUGGCGAAAGUGACAUAUCGCAACGAAACGAGCGGGAACGAAUUGCCUCAGCUCAUCAAUGUCAUAUUCGGCAACACUUCGAUUAAAGAGAAUGUGAUGGUGAUUGAUAUAGAGUUUGGGAAACACGUAGAAUCAUCGUUUUGCGGGCCCAGAUUUGGAGUUCGCGGGUUACGGAAGCUACUGAACGUAAAGUAUGGACCGUUGCUGAUGACGGCGCUGAAGCCGAUGGGGACGUCAUCGGAUAAGCUCGCCGAAAUGGCCUUUGCAUUCGCACUCGGUGGUAUUGACAUCAUAAAAGACGACCAUGGCUUAGCGAAUCAAGUGUACGCACCUUUUGAAGAACGCGUGACGAAGUGUGCUCAAGCUGUACGUCGAGCGAAUGAUAUUACUGGAAGAAACUGUUUGUACGCGCCGUGUUUGAAUGCUCCGGCGCACUUAGUUUUAAAGCGCGCAGAGUUUGCCAAGCGCGCAGGGUGUGGUGCAGUCUUGAUGCUUCCAGGAAUCACCGGACUCGACGUUUGCCGUGCCUUGGCGGAAGACGACGAUUUCAAUCUUCCAAUCAUAGCGCACCCGGCUAUAUCUGGCUCUAUGCUCGGCGGCGGAUCAAAGAAUGAAGUCAGAGGUUUUUCUCACGGUGUACUCUUAGGUUUACUUCCUCGUUUGGCAGGCUGCGAUGCGACGAUAUUCCCAAAUUUCGGUGGUCGAUUUGGUUUUUCCAAAGAUGAAUGCAAAGAUAUCCAAAAAGCGUGUACGAGUAUUCUAGGCUCGAAACCGGCUAUCUUCCCGUCGCCGGGUGGCGGGAUGACUCUCGAGAGGAUUAAGAGCAUGCGCCAAUUCUACGGUGGUCAAGACGUGUUGUUACUCAUCGGUGGAAGUUUAUACUCCCACUCGAACGACUUGACGGCUAAUGCGCGUCACUUUUUACAAAUGUCCGGCCGAAUUGAUGCCUACGGGCCCAACGAGCGCCCCAUCGACGGUUUGAAUCACAAUGGAAUUACGAACUUGUACUCUCCACAACAACAGGAUAACGUAGAAAAGUCAAAUUUACGUACGAAUAUUAGCGAUCGUGAAGCGGCAGCGUCGCGUUUUGAAAGCAUAUUUGCAGCGUCUCCUGCGCAUUUGAAGCAACGCCAAUCUCCGUCUCCGCAUCGGCUGUCGUAUAAUGAUGACGACAAAACGAAAGUUACGCCAACGAAACAGAGCGAUCGGUACGAUGACAAUCACCAUGGACACCACCGUCUUACAACAACACCUUCUCAUCACGCGCCAAUGACACCAUCGAGUGCUGAAGUGAGCGAAUUACGGGAGAAAAAUGCCGCUUUAGAGAAAAAGCUAGACGAGCUCACCUCUCUGGUGGCCAAAUUAGCGCAUAGCGCGGAUGCGAAGAGUUCCUCCGCAAAUCACAGACACGCCACAGACGGUCCUUUAGAAGGUAACCAUAGCAAAGUGUUGAUAAAGAAAGAGAAGAAGUUCAUGUGGAACCGCGUUGAAAGGGAAAUGUACAAAAUGGACGGUGGUAGUUUCAAAGGAUGUUCGCGAGUUGAACUCAUUGGGAAAAGGGGCGAAUCGACGAAUUUUCAUGUUCGAUACUUUGAAGUGGCUCCUGGUGGAUGGACGACGUUGGAACAUCACCAACACGAGCACGUUGUUGUUAUCGUGCGUGGUUCCGGGUACAUUCAGCUCGGGAGCGAAGCGUAUGCCAUGCAUGUUGGCGAUGUCGGUUACACGGCGCCGGGAGAUGUCCAUCAACUUCGAUGCGCCGAGGAAGCGACGGAUAAUUUUGGGUUUAUUUGCAUCGUGUCGGCGGAGAGAGACAGGCCAAUAGAGGUCGACGCGAGCGAACACUUGAUAUAUUGCGAAAGCGUCUCCGGUAACCAUCUCGAAGACGCUAUUCGAAAAUCUUUGCAAGCGCAAGCGAAACAUCGCGCGGCACAGGAAAAGCUGAAAAACCCAGACGGAUCCUACGCCGAAGGUAGCGCGUGCGAAUGGCGCCCUCCGGGAAAGAAGUGA